CACUUUAGCAAAUUCCGCCGGCUCUCCUCGCGGACGCGCGGCGUGACGCCACGGCGUGGCUGGGCGUGCCUUGACUGGUUUCGGGAGCUCUGCAGAAUUAUCUGGCUCCACUCGACAGCGGAGAGUCGCUGCCGAGCCUCUUGCCACUGAAGUCCUCAACCUGUUCAGCAGCACGCGGCGCUUCGUUUGGCGCGUGGACUGGUGUAGGGUGAACGGGAGCCAUGGCGAAGGGAAACCUCAAGAAGAGCGCGCGCAAGGAGCGGCGCCAGAGCGUGCAGACGGCGCCGCCGCCGCCGCCGCGGCCCUGGCUCGGGGGCGAGCUCUUCUGGAGCGCGGUGUUCGUCAUUGGAUUGGCCUGCGUGCCGACGACCUUCUACGGCGGGUCGCGGACGCGGGAGGCCUACGUCCUAAGGGCGGAAGAGUUGUUUUCGGACGGCGCCUUUUCUGAAGCGGCCGCGGCUUACAGACGAGCGGUAGCCGUCGAGGAGACGCCGGACGGCCACGUGUUCCUCGCGGAGACCUUGGUAAGGGUAAAAAGAUUGAGGGAGGCCGUGGCGCACUACGAAAGAGCAGCGGCUUUAUACGAUGACCCGCGGGAACGCGCGGCCGCUUUGGCGUCGGCGGCGCGAUUGCACGUCGAGCGCGGCUCCGUCGAGCGGGCCGUGUCCGCCUACGCGCGCGUGCUGAAGCUGGGCGCCAAUGCCACAAAACCAGAUGCAACACGUGCUGCCGACGCGGCGGAUGCUCAUGUUUUGUUAGCUGCGCGGCUCUUAGCCGGCGGGACGCGGAGGCACGUCAAGGCGGCGGCGGCCCAUUUACGACGGGCCGUGGCUAGGGCGCCGGGUUUGGCCGCCGCGCACGCGUUAUUGGCGGACGCUUAUAGAGAUUUGGCGCGGCCGGGGCCCGCGGCGAAGGCGCUAGAGAAAGUCGUGGCGCGGCGGCCUCGGGACGCCGCGGCCUUGGCGGCUCUCGGCGGCGCGCGGUUGGAGUUGGCGCGCUUCGGCGAGGCACUCGGGUCCUACAGGGCGGCGGCGGCCAUGGCGCCGGCCGCAAAAGACAUCGGUUACGCGCUCGCGGCGUUGGGAGGCGCGGGUCUCGCGGCGACGAAGGAAUUCGGCUAUCGAGCACCUGUGGCCUAUGUGGAGCGGCUGUUCGACCUGCGAGCGAGAAGGCGCCUGCUCCGGGAAGAGGAUGAUUCGUGGGAUUCAACAUCGGAAACGAUCGCGCAACUCGCACCAAACAGUACAGAUGAGGACGACGACCGCCCGCUCGCGAAGACCGACUUGUUCGACCACGCGCACGGGUUGCUCUUUGACGACCGCCUCCCGAAGGCGCACGUCAAGGCCAUCGCGUCGGCGCUGCAGGUCAACCUGACGGAAUCGAGCCCGUGGCUCGACGUGCUCGAGCUCGGGUGUGGAUCUGGCGCGCUGGGGCCGUUGCUCCGAGGCGUCGCAAAUAGAUUGCACUGCGUCGACGCUUCUGCGGUGUCGUUGGAAUUCGCCGCCUCUACCAACACGUAUGACGAUCUGGAGCGCGGCGACUUCGCGACGAACAUCCGCAACGCGUCGCCCGGGAGCGUGGAUUUGGUCGUGGCCGUGGACGCGGUACCUUACGUAGGCGACUUAGGUGAUCUCCUCCACGCCAUGGCGCGGGCGCUGCGGCCGGGCGGCCUCGCGGUCUUCAACGCCGACGUCCUCGACGACGACGUCUCGAUGUUCGCGUCGGACAGCGUCAGAGAGACGUUCAAGUUGAAAUUUACGGGCCGCUGGCAGCACCGCGUCAAGUACGUGAAAGCCCAGGCGAAAGGCAAAGGCCUUUUGUUGGAUGCGCACGCCGGCGUCGAGAAGCUGCGUGCGGAAUCACUACUCGGCUGGCACGCCAAGUCCAAGGAGGUCGUGCGGCUCGACGCGGUGUCCUUCGUGGACACGGCGGUGUUCGCGUUCCGGAAGAGCGCCUAGUGGCCUUUUGAGUGCGUAAGGUGCUAUUCCUUUCCA